AUGUCGGACAAGAUGUCCAGUUUCCUCCACAUAGGCGACAUCUGCUCCCUCUAUGCGGAGGGCUCCACCAGUGGAUUUAUCAGCACUUUAGGGCUUGUGGAUGACCGCUGUGUGGUACAGCCAGACACAGGCGACCUUAACAACCCACCCAAGAAAUUCCGAGACUGCCUUUUCAAGCUGUGCCCCAUGAACAGGUACUCUGCACAGAAACAGUUCUGGAAGGCAGCAAAACCAGGGGGAAACAGCACCACUGACACAGUACUACUGAACAAGCUCCACCAUGCUGCUGAUCUGGAGAAGAAACAGAAUGAAUCUGAGAACCGAAAGCUGCUAGGAACUGUAAUCCAAUACGGAAAUGUAAUUCAGCUGUUGCACUUGAAAAGCAAUAAGUACCUGACAGUGAAUAAGCGACUCCCUGCCCUGUUGGAGAAGAAUGCAAUGAGGGUGACGCUGGACUCUGCAGGCAACGAGGGCUCCUGGUUUUACAUUCAGCCCUUCUACAAACUGCGCUCCCUGGGAGACAGUGUGGUGAUUGGAGACAAGGUGGUUCUUAACCCUGUGAACGCUGGACAGCCCCUUCACGCCAGCAGCCAUCAGCUGGUGGACAACCCAGGAUGCAAUGAGGUGAACUCUGUAAACUGCAACACAAGUUGGAAAGUAGUUUUGUUCAUGAAAUGGAGUGACAACAAGGAGACUAUUCUUAAAGGGGGUGACGUUGUUCGGCUGUUCCAUGCAGAGCAGGAGAAGUUCCUGACAUGUGACGACUUCAAGAAGAAGGAGUACGUCUUUCUCAGGACUACAGGACGCCAGUCCGCCACCUCCGCCACUAGCAGCAAGGCAUUGUGGGAAGUGGAGGUGGUCCACCAUGACCCUUGUCGGGGCGGGGCUGGCUACUGGAACAGCCUGUUCCGGUUCAAACACCUUGCGACAGGAUCAUACCUGGCUGCUGAGGUGAACCCCGACUAUAAGGAAGAAUGUCCUGAGCCCAGAUCCUCAUUGGACUCGGACCAUGAGGCCCUGAGAGCGCGUUUGCGAACCCCCCAGGAAAGGGUCAUGUACCAACUGGUGUCUGUUCCUGAUGGCAUGGACAUCUCCUCCAUCUUUGAGCUGGACCCUACCACCCUGAGAGGUGGGGACUCCCUAGUGCCCAGGAACUCUUUUGUGAGGCUCAGGCACCUCUGCACCAACACAUGGGUCCACAGCACCAACAACCCCAUUGACAAGGAGGAGGAGAAGCCUGUCAUGUUACGGAUUGGCACAUCAGCGGUUAAAGAAGACAAAGAGGCCUUUGCCAUAGUGCCUGUCCCCCCAGCGGAAGUCAGAGACUUAGACUUGGCCAACGAUGCCAGUAAAGUGUUGGCAUCCAUUGCUGGCAAACUGGAGAAGGGCACUAUAACACAGAAUGAGAGGAGGUUUGUCACUAAGCUACUGGAGGACCUGGUCUUCUUCGUGUGUGACAUCCCCAACACUGGCCAGGACGUGCUGGAGAUCAUGGUCAACAAGCCCAACAGAGAGAGACAGAAACUCAUGAGGGAGCAGAACAUCCUCAAACAGAUUUUCAAACUUCUCCAAGCCCCGUUCACGGACAGUGGGGAUGGUCCUAUGCUGCGAUUGGAAGAGCUUGGUGACCAGCGCCAUGCCCCCUUCAGGCACAUCUGCAGGCUCUGUUACCGGGUAUUACGGCACUCCCAACAAGACUACAGGAAGAACCAGGAGUACAUAGCCAAGCAGUUCCGCUUCAUGCAGAAGCAGAUAGGCUACGACGUUCUGGCUGAGGACACGAUAACUGCCCUGCUCCACAACAACCGCAAGCUUCUGGAAAAACACAUUACGGCCGCAGAGAUCGACACCUUUGUCACCCUGGUCAGGAAGAACCGGGAGCCCAGGUUUCUGGACUACCUGUCUGAUCUGUGUGUGUCCAUGAACAAGUCCAUCCCAGUGACUCAGGAGCUCAUCUGUAACGCCGUGCUGGACCCAUCCAAUGCAGACAUCCUCAUCGAGACUAAGCUAGUUCUGUCGCGCUUUGAGAUUGAGGCUGUAACAAUGGGGGAGAAUCCCAUAGAGACGGAGGAGGACGAGGAGGAGGUGUGGCUCUUCUGGAGGGACAACUGCAAGGAGAUCAGGAGCAAGAGUGUCAGAGAGUUGGCCCAGGACGCCAAGGAGGGCCAGAAGGAGGACCAGGAGGUGGUCAGCUACUACAGGUACCAGCUGAAUCUGUUUGCGCGGAUGUGUCUGGACCGUCAGUACCUGGCCAUCAAUAAGAUCUCUGGCCAGCUAGACGUGGACCUGAUCCUGCGCUGCAUGUCUGACGAAGACCUGCCCUACGACCUUAGGGCAUCCUUCUGCCGCAUGAUGCUGCACAUGCACGUGGACCGCGACCCCCAGGAACAGGUCACGCCAGUCAAGUACGCACGCCUCUGGUCCGAGAUCCCCUCCAAGAUCGCCAUUGACAACUACGACAAUGAUGGGACCACCAGAGAUGAGAUCAAGGAAAGGUUCUGCCUGACCAUGGAGUUUGUGGAGAACUACCUGAUGUCUGUGGUGUCUCAGAACAUCCCUUUCGACGACAGAGAGAAAAACAAGCUCACCUUCGAGGUAGUGAACCUGGCAAGGAACCUCAUUUACUUUGGCUUCUAUAACUUCAGUGACCUGCUGCGACUGACUAAGAUCUUAUUGAACAUCUUGGACUGUGUUCAUGUCAGCACCAUUUACCCCAUUACCAAGCUGGAGAAGGGAGAGGAAAAACAAGGCAGUAAUGUGAUGAAGUCUAUCCAUGGGGUGGGGGAGCUGAUGACCCAGGUGGUCCUUCGAGGGGGGGGCUUCCUCCCUAUCACCCCCACCCACCAGCCGGAGGAGGGUGUGGUCAAGACCCAGACAGAGCCGGAGAGGGAGGACAUCAUGGUGAUGGACACCAAGCUCAAGAUCAUCGAGAUCCUCCAGUUCAUUCUGAAUGUGCGGCUAGACUACAGGAUCUCCUGCCUGCUCUGUAUCUUCAAGCGAGAGUUUGAUGAGAGUAACCCUCAGGGUGAUAAUACAUUGUCUAGUGCUAGUCAAGAUGGAAAUAAUAUGACAGGGGCUCUAGAUUUUGAGAACAUAGAAGAGCAGGCAGAGGCAAUCUUUGGAGGAAGUGAGGAGAACACCCCUCUGGACCUGGAUGACCAUGGUGGGAGAACCUUCCUGAGGGUGCUACUGCACCUCACCAUGCAUGACUACCCUCCCCUGGUGUCUGGGGCCCUCCAGCUGCUCUUCAGACACUUCAGCCAGAGACAGGAAGUCCUCAUGGCUUUCAAACAGGUCCAGCUCUUGGUGACCAGCCAAGAUGUGGACAACUACAAGCAGAUCAAGUCCGACUUGGACCAGCUGCGCUCCAUCGUGGAGAAGUCGGAGCUGUGGGUGUACAAGAGGCAAGGGGACGAUGACGGAGGGGACGGACCCUCAGAGUCCGACCAUAAAAAGAAGGGGGAUUCAGGCGGCUCUGACAAAAAGAAGGAGGAAAGCAACAGCAGUUACAACUACAGGGUUAUGAAGGAGAUCCUGCUGCGGCUCAGUAAGCUGUGUGUCCAGGAGGGAGCAUCGGGGAAGAAGAGUAAGAAGCAGCAGCAGAGACUAUUGAGGAACAUGGGGGCCCACAGUGUGGUGCUGGAGCUACUGCAGAUCCCCUAUGAGAAGGGCGAGGACGUCCGUAUGCAGGAGAUCAUGAAGCUGGCUCAUGAGUUCCUCCAGAACUUCUGUGCAGGGAACCAGCAGAACCAGAUCCUGCUGCACAAGCACAUCAACCUAUUCCUCAACCCAGGGAUUCUGGAGGCAAUCACCAUGCAGCACGUUUUCAUGAAUAACUUCCAGCUGUGCAGUGAGAUCAACGAGCGCGUGGUGCAGCACUUUAUCCACUGCACCGAGACGCACGGCCGCCAUGUCCAGUACCUCAAAUUCCUUCAAACCAUUGUCAAAGCCGAGAACAAGUUCAUCAAGAAGUGUCAGGACACCGUCAUGGCUGAGCUGGUGAACUCGGGCGAGGAUGUCCUUGUGUUCUACAACGACCGUGCGUCCUUCCAGACCCUGGUCACGAUGAUGCGGUCGGAGCGGGAUCGUAUGGAUGAGAACAGCGCUCUGAGGUACCACAUCCACCUGGUAGAGCUGCUGGCUGUCUGCACCGAGGGAAAAAACGUCUACACUGAGAUCAAGUGUAACUCUCUGCUGCCUUUGGAUGACAUAGUGAGGGUGGUCACCCAUGAGGACUGCAUCCCUGAGGUGAAGAUAGCCUACAUCAACUUCCUGAACCACUGCUACGUGGACACAGAGGUGGAGAUGAAGGAGAUCUACACCAGCAACCACAUGUGGAAGCUCUUUGAGAACUUCCUGGUGGACAUCUGCAGGGUGUGCAACAACACCAGUGACAGGAAGCAUGCAGACACGGUUCUGGAGGGUUACGUGACAGAGACAGUCAUGAGCAUCGUCACCACCUUCUUCAGCUCGCCCUUCUCUGACCAGAGCACCAGUCUGCAGACUCGUCAGCCGGUGUUUGUACAGCUCCUGCAGGGGGUGUUCAGGGUAUACCACUGCAACUGGCUCAACCCCACUCAGAAGGCCUCCGUUGAGGCCUGUAUCAAGGUGCUGUCAGACGUGGCCAAGAGCAGAGCCAUCGCGAUCCCAGUGGACCUGGACAGCCAGGUGAACAACCUAUUUGUCAAGUCCAACAAUGUGGUCACCAAGUCCAUCUUGAGCUGGAGACUCUCCGCCAAGAACGCUCCCAGGAGGGACUCCAACGCCACUGCGUCCGUUAGCUACAGGAACAUCAUAGAAAGGCUGCAGGACAUAGUGUCGGCUCUAGAGGACCGUCUGCGUCCUUUGGUCCAGGCUGAGCUAUCUGUCCUGGUGGACGUGCUGCAUCGCCCAGAGCUACUCUUUCCUGAGAACACAGACGCCCGCAGGAAGUGUGAAAGCGGUGGCUUCAUUUCCAAGCUGAUCAAACACACCAAGCAGCUACUGGAGGAGAACGAGGAGCGUCUGUGUAUCAAGGUGCUGCAGACUCUGAGGGAGAUGAUGACCAAAGACCGUGGCUAUGGGGAGAAGGGUGAAGCUCUGAGGCAGAUUCUGGUGAAUCGUUACUAUGGGAACAUCAAGCCUGGGGCCAGAAGAGACAGUGUGACGACGUUCAGCAAUGGUCCUGUCCCCCCUGGAACAGAAGGGAAACCUCGAGCAGGUACCUUGGUGAGUUCAGGGGCGGCCGCGGCCCAAGGGGAGCUGACCCUGCAUGAGGUCCAGUGCCGCCUGGAUAAAGAGGGAGCAUCCGACCUGGUAAUUGACCUCAUCAUGAACGCCACCAGUGAUCGUAUCUUCCAGGAGAGCAUCCUAUUAGCCAUCGCCCUGCUGGAGGGCGGUAACACGGUCAUCCAGAAAUCCUUCUUCAUGCGCCUGACGGGAGAAAACAAGUCAGAGAUGUUCUUCAAGGUGUUCUAUGAGAGGAUGAAGCUGGCCCAGCAGGAGAUCAAGGCCACUGUGACCGUCAACACCAGCGACCUGGGCAGCAAAAAGAAAGAAGAGGAGCCCCCGGACAAGGACACGUCCACCGCUAAAGGAAAGAAAGUGGUGUCUACGGUGGCGGUUGCCGUGGUGACGGAGGAGGUCAAGGAGCAACUGGUGGAGGCCUCCACGGUCACUAAGAAGGCGUUCACAAGGUACCGGCGUGAGGCCGAGGCCGAGGAGCACCUGGCUGCCGCUGAGGGUCAGGGCCCCAGCACUCCAGACGACCAGGAAGGGGAGAUGAGUGUCAUUAUCACCAUCAUGCAGCCCAUCCUGCGGCUCAUGCAGCUGCUGUGUGAGAACCACAACAGGGAGCUGCAGAACUUCCUACGGUGUCAGAACAACAAGAACAACUAUAAUCUGGUGUGUGAGACACUGCAGUUCCUGGACUGUAUCUGUGGCAGCACCACGGGAGGCCUGGGGCUACUGGGACUCUACAUCAAUGAGAAGAACGUAGGCCUCAUCAACCAGACAGUAGAGAGCCUCACAGAGUACUGCCAGGGACCCUGCCAUGAGAACCAGAACUGCAUCGCCACUCAUGAAUGCAACGGUAUCGACAUCAUCAUCGCUCUGAUCCUCAACGACAUCAACCCCCUGGGCAAGAAGAGGAUGGACCUGGUGCUGGAGCUUAAGAAUAAUGCAUCCAAGCUCCUCUUGGCCAUCAUGGAGAGUCGCCAUGACAGUGAGAACGCAGAGAGGAUACUAUACAACAUGAGGCCCAAAGAACUGGUGGAGGUGAUAAAAAAGGCCUACAUGCAGGGGGAGGUGGAGCCGAAUGAGCCUGCUGAGGAAGAUGAAGAUGGCGAGGAAGAGCAUGCAGCCUCUCCACGAAACGUGGGCCAUAACAUCUACAUCCUGGCUCAUCAGUUGGCCCGCCACAACAAGGAGCUGCAGGCCUUGUUGAAGACCUAUGGGGAGGGGGAUGAAGCCCUGGAGUUCUAUGCCAAGCACACAGCUCAGAUUGAGAUUGUGCGGCUGGAUCGCACCAUGGAGCAGAUAGUCUUCCCUGUGCCCAACAUCUGUGAGUUCCUCACCAACGAGUCCAAGCUGCGGGUGUACUACACCACGGAGCGCGAUGAGCAGGGCAGCAAGAUCAACGACUUCUUCCUACGCUCCGAGGACCUCUUCAACGAGAUGAACUGGCAGAAGAAGCUGCGAGCCCAGCCCAUUCUAUACUGGUGCUCUCGUAAUAUGUCCUUCUGGAGCAGCAUCUCCUUCAACCUGGCCGUGCUCAUGAACCUGCUGGUGGCCUUCUUCUACCCUCUGGAAGGAAUCCGCGGAGGUACCCUGGAUGGUCACCUGUCAGCUCUGCUGUGGAUCGCCAUGCUGGUGUCCCUGGCCAUCGUCAUCAUCCUGCCUCAGCCCCACGGCGUCCGGGUCCUCAUCGCCUCAACCAUCCUCCGCCUCAUCUUCUCUGUGGGCCUGGAGCCAACCCUCUUCCUCCUAGGGGCCUUCAACGUGGGCAAUAAGAUGAUCUUCUUGAUGAGUUUUGUGGGGAACAGAGGGACGUUCACGCGGGGCUACAAGGCCAUGAUCAUGGAUGUAGAGUUCCUCUACCACCUCCUCUACCUGAUCAUCUGUAGUCUGGGCGUCUUCGUCCAUGUCUUCUUCUACAGUCUGCUUCUCUUUGACCUGGUGUACAGGGAGGAGACGCUGCUGAAUGUGAUCAAGAGUGUAACCCGUAAUGGCCGCUCCAUCCUGCUGACAGCCGUGCUGGCUCUCAUCCUGGUCUACCUCUUCUCUAUCGUGGGCUACAUCUUCUUCCAGGAUGACUUUCUCCUUAACAUUGACAGGAUACCUAAUAAAACACUUGAGAGUGGAGCCAGUAUGGUGGGAGAGUUCCUAUCAGCAGAAGUGUGUCGGAAGGACAGUGGGGAGAACUGCUCCACGGAAGCUGUUGUGGAUGCCACCCAGCCGUCGGCGGUAGUGAUCGAGGACAAGGAGCGGUCAUGUGACUCUCUGCUCAUGUGUAUUGUCACUGUCUUGAGUCACGGCCUGAGGAGUGGAGGUGGUGUGGGGGACGUCCUGCGGAAGCCAUCCAAAGAGGAGCCUCUGUUUGCUGGCAGGGUGAUCUACGACCUGCUCUUCUUCUUCCUGGUCAUCAUCAUCGUCCUCAACCUCAUCUUCGGAGUCAUCAUCGACACCUUUGCCGACCUCAGGAGUGAAAAGCAAAAAAAAGAGGAAGUCCUGAAGACGACCUGCUUUAUCUGCGGCCUGGAAAGGGACAAAUUUGACAACAAGACGGUGACAUUUGAAGAGCACAUCAAGGUGGAGCACAACAUGUGGCACUACCUGUUCUUCAUAGUGCUGGUGAAGGUGAAGGACUCCACAGAGUACACAGGACCAGAGAGCUACGUCGCUGAGAUGAUCAGGGAGCACAACCUUGACUGGUUUCCACGGAUGCGGGCCAUGUCUCUGGUCUGUAGCGAUGCGGACGGGGAGCAAAAUGAAAUCAGGAGCCUACAGGAGAAACUGGAGUCUACUAUGAAGCUAGUCUCCAACCUCUCUGGACAACUGACUGAGCUCAAGGAGCAGAUGACAGAGCAAAGGAAGCAGAAACAGAGAAUUGGACUAUUGGGUCAUCCUCAGCAUCCUCAACACGCCAACCCCCAGCAACCUGCGUGAGGCUGAGGAUGCCCCCAACACAGCCACAAGACCCAGGAAGACCCACUUCUACUCCUGCUUUGUGUUUGCAUAGAGAACAGAGUGCAGAAUCUUCACUUAGUGGUCCCUCCCGCCUUCAUACUGUAGCUACCGAGUGUGAGUGUGAAGCGUAACAGUAGGGAAACACACUGACAUAGCUAGUCAUAUAAUUGUGAUGUGUAGGUUAGCCCACAAAGGUAUAACUCAAACAAGAACACUCACCACACCCAGACACCCCAUCUUUUCCCCAGGCCAUUUGGGAUUGGUGCCAAAUGUUUUCUAUGUAGAAACAAAAGUGAAUUCUCAUUACAUGGCCUUUACUGGGUGAACUUGAAAUACAGCAGCGCUGUACCGGACACAGGAAUAGGUAGUCCAACGUGAAGAUGGCACUGAGAGACAUGGAAAGAAGCAUCUUUUUGUAUAUACUACUGGUAUAGCAAGCAGUAUUUAAUGUCUUAUUUUUGUAUUUUGUGCAAUAUCACUACUUAAAUAUGCAACCACCUCCUUGGUGUAUGAAUUUAAGUUGUUCUUUAAGUCAUGCCUUAUUUAUUAGGGCCAGAAAACAUUUUCAAAUGGGAGCUUUAUUUUUUAUUAUUUUGCUUCAAAUUAAAUAGGGACCUGUUGUUAGACUUCACGUAUGGAAAUUCUUCCAUGUAGAAUAGCCGUUGGCUGGACAGAUGAAGUAACAUGCAUUGUUCUGGCCUUUCUGAUUUUACUUGUUUUAUUUCUUUCAGAAUGUUUCAUAAAAAGUAUUUAAUACGCUUAAUAGAGAUAUAUAGUAUUGUCUGAGAGCAAGUAUAGGUCUUGUUUUCGGCUUCCUUUCUGCAAAUAAGAAUGUGUCCUACCUUGUUGUACUAUUUUAUGAUAUUUGCUUUCUUAUUUAACUGGGAUAGUGGGAGGUGUUAGGACAUUUCAUCCAAACAAAUGUAAUAUGUUAAAAUAUGACCAAGCUGUCAUGAUUUGUUAAUCUUUCCACAUUUUAUUGCACUAAAUGUUAUUAGCAUCUAUCGUCCAGGUUUGUCAUGUUUUAAUUAUACACCUAUCAUGUGUGCCAUUUGUCCCUUUAAGACGUAUAUUUGGCUACUGAUUUACUACUUGUGACAAAGUCAUUGUGUUUUUCAUUGUUUUAUCGUUCAGCACAACUGUUAAGUUCUCAAUUCUGCUGUUUAAUACUUUGUUCAAUUCAUUUCAGUUUUUUUUUUACAUUGUCGCUUAAGCCAUUGUUGUUGUAUAGGGACCUAUGUUUUCAGAAAGGUAAUAUGGAAUU